GAAGGUCAUGUGCUGUCAGAAACUCGCUUUGUCUCGUGAAUGUGCGCGUUUGCGAAUGCUUGUCAUCGUCUCCGAAGAACAUUUGUGUGAGAGUGUGUGUGUGUGUCUAUGUAUAUUUAGAAAGCAGACAAUAACCGUGUACGCAUGUGAAUUUGUCAUUAUAAAGGAGAUACAUGUGCAUGUGUGUGUAUGUAUCUUUGCAUAUAUUCAGGAUGAGCGUGCACGAAUGCACUUGGGUCUGCGCAUGUGUAUGAUUAUAAAGGUGUGCGUUUCUGUGAUACAGAAUUAUAUGCACGUGUCUGUGAAUGAGAUUAUCCUAAAUGCGAACUGCAUGAAUGACACACACGAUCCGUGUCUGCGUUUGCAUCUGCCACGAGCUAGUCACAUGUGUGUAUUUGCUUCUGUUGGAAUCUCUUGUAAGAAAUGAUAUAUAUGAACACCUUGGAUGCGCGUGUACGCGCGCGUGCGUUUAUACGCAUGUCAGAACCCAGGGGUUAGGGGUGGUGACCCAUGGAGCCAGCCAGCAUGUUUGUUCGUGUCAAUCUGCGUGUGCGUGAUGGGGUGUAUGCAGCUUCUUUCGCGGACCCAGCGCCAGUGCGUAAGUGAUGUGGCUUGCUGGUGCCGAGGUACCUGAAUCGUUAAAGCUGCAGACGUGAGAGAAACGCGCGCUCCCGCUGGAUGGCGCGCCGCCAAAGGUCCUGUAUCUCAUUAACACCGCAAUCACUCACUCCCGCACCAACAGGACAGGGUCUGUUCGGACUUCAUCACACGUCACCGUGUAUAAUUACUGUAUGUAUGGCUGCCCGCGUAUCUGGCACUUAUUUGAGCAUUAGAGAACGGGCGGGGCGAUUCAUUAAAUAUGCUCAUUAUUUUAAUGCAACGUACCUCUGAAUAUGUUCCUGAGUGGACAGAGACGCGUGCCCGCUUAGAAAUACACGUCUGGUUAAACAGCAAUGAAACGUGGGUUAAGGGCUGGGUCAAAUAAAAAUAUUUAUAUCUAGCAACAAAAUACAGAAAUUAUUAUGCAUCGUUAUUCGUUAAGUAUCAGAAUGAGGCAGACAGGUAAAUAAUUAAUCUAGGAAUUUAUAAAUCGACGUAUCUAACUGUAAGUUUGCCAUUUUUCUUUUUAGUGUUUCCCAAUCCUUCUCAGUUAAGGACAAAGAAAAGAUGGUGAGAUCCUGAUAAAAACGCUCUAAAUGAAAUAACGGCAGUUUUCUAAAUGUUCGCGCCCUUUACCACAAUCAGAUCAAGCCCAAACGGAUAUCUUUUCUGAUGACGGAACAUUUUUCCUUUCGCUCCUUUUUAGCUCCUUCAUCUGGAAUAAUGCUGUGUUUUUUUCUGGACCGUACUUUAUUUUCCGAGUCCUUAACAAACCCUCAAUGGAAACCAAUAGAGAGGGAAAAAAUUAGCUGAGAUGUAAUUAACUGUGUGUAGUGCUCUGUCCAUGCACCGGGGUUCAUUAUCUCCUUCAGCAGCGAGCUUCUUUCUUCCGCCGUAGAUAAGGACUCCUCGCAGUCAUGGCUGCCAUCCAAAAGCGCUUCAGAAAUCGACGAGCGAAGGCUGAACCUGGUUCAGGAGCAGGUGCCGUGUGGCAAAUCCACGCACAUGCACGGGAAAGGCUUUGCCAAAGCCUGGUUUCGUUUUAACUUAUGAUCAAAGCAUUAUAAGUGUUGACAACAUGCGUCACAUGUAGGCCUAGGUAAUGUGUGAUUCUGUAGUCUAGGCCUAUAUGAUUUGUUUUUUUGCUUUUUUUUUUUUAUAAAGAAAUGUGACGUACUGCGUGUAUACGUGUCCGCACUACGUGUGCGUCAGUGUAAUUGUAGUUUUUUUUUUUUUUUUACAUUUAAAUGAAUGUGCAGACUAUCCCCUGGUUUUAAUCCACAACUAUGUCACAGUUGCCAAAACUAAGACUCAGUUUUGACAGCGAUGUGUCUAUUUCGAGCGUGGGAACUGGGCUGCAUGUGUCCUUUGCCGGUUCUGUGUGCUGUAGAGGUGAAGCACUGAAGCUUGAGACCAGAUGGUUCCAGUAUCUGAAGAAGCCCUGCUUAUGAACCUGGACCAAGGUGCUCAUCCUGAGUAGCAUUAAUAAACAUAGCAUGCCAAAAAACGAAAUAGAAGCAUAAUCUAGACAGAAAACUGUGAGAGCUUUCUGGAUAAAAAUCAUCCACAAAGAAACUAUAUAAUCAAAAGUAUUAUAAUUAUCAACUGCUAUUAUUAAUGAUAGUAAUAAUUAUUAUUAUACAUUCUGUUCAGCGAGUCUCCUGCUUUGCCAUGUGCUUUGCCAUGUGCUUUAUAAGAUAGGCUGCCAGCUUAACCAUGAAGCAGAUUAGGAAGAUAGAAUAAUAAUAAUAACAACAAUAAUAAUGCUAGUCAUUAUCAUAAUCAUGUGGCUCUUUCAUUUCAUUAUAACCUUUGCCUCAGUAUGAGACUUAUAGGUCUCCAGAUGAUGUCCCUAAAACAUGCUAAGCUGCUCGACAAUAAUAAUUAGACAAAGAACAUGCUGAGAAUUAAAAAGGAGUUAUCACUGCUUUAUUUUUUUGAAAACUCAGCAAUAUGCAUCAAUAUACCAAGCAACAUGAUGCUAAAGUGCAUUGCUUAGUGUUUUGUGUUCACUGGACAUGUAGCAUCUACAGUCUGUUGCAGGCCUAUCUUCUCGGGUCCCUAAAAUGUUUUAUGUUGCUGACUUGUAGUACAGCCACUGUCUAGCAAACAGGAACUCAUUUCAAGGUGUGCAAGUGCUUUCAUGUUGAAGGUCCUCACAGUAACAUAACAAAUUGCUUCCGUAUUUAUUACUCUUUAUAACCUCACAGUCCGGUGUCUAGUGGAUAUUAAUGUAGUGGGCAUUGUGUUCUGAAGGUUUUCACACCAAGCAAGGUAGUCAGUAAAACAUUUUUUUUCUGGAGAAAAUUAAAAGAGAAACCCACUACAGUGGAUACCACUUAUAUAGUGAUCACAUCUGUCUGGGUGAAAUUGAUCAAUAUAAGCAGAUGAUCAGUAUAACCAAUUCUUUGUCCCAUCUUUUUUAUGUCUCAGGCAGAUGACCAUCUAAAUGACAUGUAUAUAUAUAUAUAUUACAUGAACAUAAGAUAAUAAAACGGACAGCAUUGCUAUUUAUAUAGAUUAAAUGACUAAAUUGUGUAUAAUUCAAAUAUUCCAUAAUACAGUAGUGCUGUAGGGCCUAAAUAAAUAUUCAGUUGAAUUCAAUUUUAUUUGCACAGCGCAUUUUCACGACAUUACAUUGUCUCAAACCGCUUAUAGUUUCACCAUAGCAUCUCCUUGGCUAAGUUUUGGCAAUUUAUCAUAAGCUUCGAUGAGUCUAUACUUGUCAUUGAGAGAAAAUGACUUUUCUUUUCUUGUCAUGUUUUCUGUUCAUGCAGCAUUAGCCUCAGGUAGCUAGCCAGAAGCAGACGGGUUACCGCAAGGCUAAGCAGGGCGAUCAGAGUCAAGUAAAAAAUAAAUAAGAAUUACCGCAGUUGUAUUUUUUUCCUUACAUUGUCAUGUUUAAAUAGACCCAAAAUGAACACUGUAAGAGGAUUACUGGAUGUGUUAUAAGCAAAUUAUUUAAACAGUAUUUAUACUAGAAUGAUUCUGUCCCAUGUUUUUGAUCCAUAUAAAUAGUUGAUCACUAUAACUGUGAUCACUAAAAGCGGUUUCCACUGUAUUUUGCUGUUAAGUUAAACAAAAAAGUAUUCCCUGGCCCCUUCAAAAUCCUUUUAAAUAAUGUGUAAAAAUACCUAAAUGAGCCUAAUGAAUGACAACUUCUUGCCGUAGAGUGAAUAAUGCGCUGACUCAUCUGACAAUACCAGGAGUAAUAUGUAGGAUUACAAUUGUGGGAGUUUAGGUCAACAGAGGAAAUAAACAGCGCAAUAGGAAAAAAAAAAAAAAAAAAAAGGAGAAAUGGCAAUUGGAAAAGCCAAUAUCAAAGGACUACGUUGUUCUCUUUGAUGUGACUAUAUUCAUAAUGAAAUGCUUAGUGAAGACUCAAAAGAAGUGUGUUUUACCGAAAAUGCACAUUACUCCAGACAAUAUUUGCAUCGAGUAUACGGAAUUACACAUUCGUGUUUGUCUUUUAUUAGCGUCAAUAUCUAGAACGAAUAAACGGUUUAUCGCAGACACCUGACAUGUGUAUUUGAAAUGCGUGUGCUUUACAUAAAACGGACACCUUCUCACAUGUCUGCAUAUGUGACGGCAAAAAAUAUAAAAAAUUUGAAAGAGAAGAAAGGUUUGCACAUCAUCCUUCCGCCACGCCCGGGGAUAUCGACCACACUGGAGAGGCCACCGGGGGAGACUACAUCGAUCUCCGGCCUGGUUUUCCAGAAGAGCGUCUUCACGAAACUUUGGAUCCCCAGAACUGUUCCUGCCACCUGCCAAUCACAGGACACCAUGUGAGGAUUCCACAGCGCGCGUCUUGAUGGAGCCAAUACCGGGACAUCUAUUAACUGACAAUUAUGUAAAGGACGCUGCUGAGAACCAGACUGGGGCUGGAGCACAGAUUCAUUCCGGCUUAACGGGAUCGCUCAACCUUCACGUGAACAAUGUACUGUUGGGCAUUUUCCUCGGCACAGUGUCCCUGUUGACAGUAGUCAUGAAUGUCCUUGUGCUUUACGCCGUGAAGAAGGAACGGACGUUGCACACCGUGGGGAACCUGUACAUCGUGAGCCUCUCCGUGGCCGACCUCAUCGUUGGCGCCACCGUCAUGCCACUCAACCUGAUCUACCUGUUGGAGGACGAGUGGAGGCUCGGCCACAUAGUCUGCCAGUUCUGGCUGGUCAUGGAUUACGUCGCCAGCACCGCCUCCAUCUUCAGCCUGUUCAUUCUGUGUUUGGACCGGUACCGCUCCGUCCUCCGGCCUCUCCAGUACCUGCAGUACCGUACCAGAGGUAGAGCCAUUCUGAUGAUCGCUGGAGCAUGGCUUCUAUCCAUGACUUGGAUUAUCCCCAUUCUGGGUUGGCGGUUCUUCUCUGACUCUAACCCGAAACCAGAGACAGAGAAUAAAUGCGAUACGGACUUCCGCUUCGUCACCUGGUUCAAGGUCUUGACAGCCAUUUUGAAUUUUUAUGUUCCGUCUUUGCUGAUGCUCUGGUUUUACAUGAGGAUCUAUAUGGUGGUAAGGCAGCAUUACCGACAGAGGCAAUGCAUUCAGAAACUAAAGAAUUCAAUAAAGAGACACGGGAUUACACAAAAGCGUAAACUCUCAAGAAAGAGCCUCAAGUUUAACCCCGCCAAAACUGAACGAAGUACUCCACCGGAUUAUUCCAAUGUUGACGAUCUGCUAGAUCAGUAUAGCUUAGGUCAGCCAUGCUAUUCAAAGGACAUGGAUGGUGAUGCUCAGACAGACGUGGCUUGGUCAGAGAAAAAGAUCAAUAAAUGUUGCUAUCAGACGUCACUAUUUACUGUUCCAAAACACUUAAAAAAAUCGGUAAAAGAUACAGAAAAACAUGUCCCUUCUUCUUCUUGUCUUGCAGAGGAGCAAGUACCUGAAACGCCACUGAGGCUGUCCUCUCUGCCUCUUGGCAUUUUACAGUCGGACGAUGACAAGGUUCCAAAAAUGUUUGUGUCUGUCAAUGACUGCAACCUGUCGUCUCCAAACUCUGUGUCUGGGGUUUGCGAGAUAACCCACAUGUCUGAUGUGCAGAGGUAUGCUGCUGUCGUUUGCCACGGUGAUUUCCACCACCCUGUGGCCUCUCCCUGGCCUCCGGGGACUGACCUGAAGUUGGACUCGACAAAUGUGCAAACCCUGAAGCAGUCGUGGCAGAAGUUCUGCACCCAGUCGAAACAGUGCAUUCAGAACCUGCGAGCCUACAAAGAACGCAAAGCAGCCAAGCAGCUCGGCUUCAUCAUUGCCGCCUUCCUAGUGUGCUGGAUCCCCUACUUCGUCACCUUCAUGGUGAUGGCCUUCUGCAAGACGUGUAUCCACCAUGACCUCCACAUGUUCACUAUCUGGCUCGGCUACUUCAACUCCACCCUGAACCCCUUCAUCUACCCGCUCUGCAAUGAGAAUUUCAAGCGGGUUUUUAAGAGUUUACUUCACAUGCAGUAGCGGAGACCUUAAAAAUGUGCAUUCGUAAUUGAUAUGUUCAUUACACGUUUCUGGUGACUUUCUUCCUCAUAAAACGUAAUUGCUUUGUGUUUUCAAGUGUUCAAUUGUACUCUACACUGAUAAUAAAUAUGUAUUACUGCGUGCAACCAUGA